CUUGUAUGUCUAUUGAACGUUUUAUUGUUGUUUGCCGACCAUUUGAAUAUUGGGGUAUUUCUGGAUUAAUUAAUCGAAAACGCCAAAUUUGUGAUUCCUUCAUUUUAUUAACAAUUUUAUUAAUUACUGUUGGAAUAUUUUGUUCACCAUUUAUUUAUUAUGCCAACGUUAGCCGUGAAAUUUUUAUUUUUUCUGAUGGAAAUGUGCACAAAGGAAAUACUUUUUGUAGUUCUCAUUUGCCUGAAAGAUUAAUGGCAAGUUUUUGGGGGUGA